GAGAGAGAGAGAGAGAGAGGGAGCGAUAGAGGUGAUCAGUAGCUGAAUGUCCUUGGCACUGCGCUGAGCUGAGAGAAGAGGAGAGGAGCCAAACAGAGGGAAGGAGGAGUGAGGAGCCGGGAGACUUCAUUUAACAAGGGAGGCCGCGCAGGAAUCCACCGGGAUAAAGAGGAGACGCAAUUGUGCCAGACAGCGUGGAAUUAGGGGAGACCUGGGAGGACAGAAAGGGAAGAACACAGAACACAGAAUCCGCUCACUGCAGCUGCUUCUCUCUCUUCAUCACCUCCAGAAAGCCCUCUCCCUCCCCUCUCUCACUCUCACACACCAGCACCACUUGUUUAUCUGUCCUCUGCUCACCCCUCUCUCUCUCUUUCUUUCUUUCUUUCUUUCUUUCUGUCAUUCUCUCUAUACUUCCAUCCAUUCCUCUUCUUAAAAUGGAGACCGGGAGCCCGCGCAAGAUUCAAUUCACUGUGCCACUCCUCGACUCUCACCUGGACCCGGAGGCAGCUGAACAGAUCAGGAGAAGAAGGCCGACCCCUGCCACUUUAGUGGCCUCCAGUGACCAAUCGUCACCAGAGAUUGACGAAGACCGUCUUCCCAACCAGCUGUACAAGCAAGCCUUGUUGAAUUCCCCCAGGCAGAGGAGGAAGGGGGCACGAGGGAAUCCUACCAUGAAAGAGCUUCAGUUCCUGGUGGAGCACCACCUGUAUCGGCAGCAGCAGGGGGCUGACGAGUGCUCCUCAGAGAGCUGUCUUUCGGACCGGCCCAGCCCUGAUGCCACGCCCGCCGGAGAGGAGCUGCCCGAGGACGAGGAGGCCUGGAGCACCGGGGACAACGCCACCAGCGAGGCCUUCGAGAAGCUGCGCUGCCAGAUGGAGGAGUUUUCACGGGAGAGCCUAGAGGCUGCUGGGGGUAUGGAGCUUCCUCUGUCAAAGGAAGAAGUGGUCCCUUCUGUCUCCACGGCAACGUCAACACAAAACACGCAACCAGACAGCACUGCAUCAGCAUCUGAGGUGACGCAGAAAACCAGUGUGGAAAAGAAGCAGUAGGGUCAUUAGGAAGAUGCCAUUCUGUUCGGAUGGAAGCAACCCAUUAAGAUGGGAUCUUUUUUGACUCCAGUUUUGCCUUACCAGAAUUGGAGGAAGAAACCAUAAUGGCAUUUAUUUCUUGUUUGUCACGUUUGUUUCCAGUUUUGACAGUUGGUUUAUUUAUUUAUAUUUUCUUUUUUGUUGUAUAUGUUGUAUAUCACUUAUUUACUGUAAGUAAAAUUGUCAAGCCUUGAAAAACAGGGUAUAAUUAAUAUUCUUAAAUAUUUAUUUUGACACACUGACUUUGUUGUUUUAUGUGCAUCACCUUAUUUUCUGCCAGAUGUUAAAAUUUGGUCAAAUAGACGUUAAAAUGUUUAACCUUAAACAAUAGUAUUGAGUUUAUUUUCCGACAAUUGUCAUAUUGAAUUUAUUUUGCAGGAAAUGUUGAUUUCUUAAAAUUCUGUCCAUUUUAAAUCCACGCUUGCAAACAUGCAAUAUCACUACAUCUCAGAGUCAAUCCACUGUACCUGCUGUCUGUCAUUUACACAAGGGGGUAGGGCCUGAUUUAGAUUUCAGGACCUGAUUUAGAUCUAACAGGAGUCCAGCACACCAGAUAUCCAUUUCUAGCAAACCCCUGAUUUAUAGUUUAAUUCCUGUGUUCAUCCUAGCCCACCAGUUAUUAUCAACUACAAUUGGCCCAUAGGGCCAUCCUUUGUUGUUUGGGGUCCCGCGCAUCCUCAGUCAAAUGCAAUCAUAAGGCCACAGGCUCAGUAAGUACUGUAAACCUUUCUCUUUAAGCUGAGGCGAGACUACCUGAUAAAAAAAAUACAACACUGAAUGCAUUUCUGGAUGACUAAAACCAUUUAAGAAUUAAAGUAUGUUUUUGAACCUUUUUAUCGAGUAAAACAUUGUCUAUAAUAAACGUUGGGUGAUUUGAAAUGGUAGUAUUAUUGCUGUUAUGAGGGAGCCAAAUUGCUUUUCUCACAUCACACCAAAAAAGGGGGACAGGUUUCAUAACGACA